UAUUUAUGGGUCAAAAACAAAAUCCGUCUCAUACCUAGACACACUCCCCUAAAAGUAAUUAAAAUUAUUUUGCCAACAUCCUCUGGAAGUAAGCCACGCGAAUCAGUAACCGGUUCUUUUACCAUGUUGCGAUUGUUUUUUCUCCACUACUUCUUGUAUUUAUCCUUAACCUAAACCUUGCUUUCACCAUUUCGGACAUUGGCUACAUCGUGAGUCUUCAUUUAAACGCGAUACAGUGUGCGUGCGCGUAAAAAUCUUCUAUUACUCUCGAUCGCGUUCCACAUCUUCAAUGUGAAUUACAAAACUAUUCUUUAAUCCCAGAUUUUCUGGGUCAUCAUGGAGUCAUUAAAAAUAGUAAUUUUUAUCACUGGACUUUUAUUAUCAUCAUUCAUUCAAAAUAUCACAUCAAUUGAUUUUAAAAAAGACGAUUGUCUACGAACGUGUGGAAAAUCUUCGAGAAAUUGUCGAUAUGAUUUCUAUAUUAGUGAAUUCAAUGACUUAAAUAGGCGGUGCAACGAGUCACAGGAAGAAAAUAAUGACCAAUUAUUCUGUUUGGUGAAUAAAACACACAAAAGUCCUUUGGCAAUUAAUGGAAAAAGUCCCGGUCCUUCAAUUGAAAUAUGUCUAGGUGAUACUUUGGAAGUGUAUUUAUAUAACAAAUUAGAUUUUGAAGUAUCAUUUCAUUGGCAUGGAAUUAGACAGAUGGGAUAUGUUCAUAUGGAUGGUGUUCCAAUGGUAACGCAAUGUCCCAUUCUACCAUUUAGUGGAUUUCGAUAUAUAAUGAAACCAGAUAAUUCUGGUACAUAUUUCUAUCAUGCGCAUUCUGUUUUACAACAGGGCGACGGUUUAUAUGGAUCAUUGAUUGUCAGAGCACCUGAAGAUAAUGCUAAUUAUGAGAAAAUUUUACAUCUUUCGUCAGGAACUUUAAAGCCCUCAGCAACAUUUCCUGAACAAAAAUUACCAACACCAAAUCAACUAUUAAUAAAUAAUCAGAGUAAUGGCUCGCGAAUUGACGUAAAAGGAGAGUCUCGUUAUUUAUUUCGUUUAAUUAAUUCUGCCGUUUUUAACUGUCCAAUUUCGUUUUCUGUUGCUAAACAUCAAUUAAGAGUGACAGGAAGUGAUGGAAAUGAAGUUAAAAUAUCUGAUCCGGCAACUCACAUUAUAAUUUUUCCAGGCGAAAGAAUUGAUGCAAUUAUUGAAACAAAUCAAAAUCCAGGAAAAUAUCAAAUAAUUCUUCAAGGACUUGUUGAUUGUCGUCAUUUAUUACACGAGGGUUAUCUUUUCUAUUUGGAAUCAAAUUUCAUGAAUGUAAUUGAAGAUGAAAAAAUUUAUUUAAAUUUAGAAGAAAUUUCUCAAUUAGAAAGAGGAUAUAAUUGUGAUAAAUUAACAAAAAAUGUAAUAUGUAGCUUAGAUUUAAAAUCAAAUGAUGAAUUUUCAUUAAAUCAUGAAUCUGAAGAAACAGUCUUGAUUCCAUUUGAUGUUAAUAAUUUUCAAAGUAUCACCGAUGAAAUGACUGAUGAGAAUUUUAAUAUUUACGAUUACUCCUAUUAUCCUUCGUUUUUAAGUCUGCUAACAAAUGGCACACAAAUACCACAAAUAAAUGGAAUGACAUUUCAAUAUCCUUCGUCGCCAAUUUUAUCACAACCUGAAAAUACUCCAGAGGAUUUGUUAUGUUCAUUGGAGAGACGUUCAAAAAUGUGUGAAAAUACACCCAUUUUUUGUGAGUGUGUACAAAUUUUAGAAUUGCCACCAAAAAAAAUUGUUGAUUUAAUUUUCAUAAAUGAGGGAUUUAGUGGUAAUACUUCGUUCACAUUUCACGUACACGGCUACAGUGUUAAUAUAAUAGGACAAAAUAAUUUUCCACUAGCAAUUUCGAAAAAAGAAAUUAUUACUCUACAUCAAAAUAAAAAAUUACAGUUAAAUUUAAAGGAUCCUCCGAAAAAGGAUACUUUCGUUGUGCCGAAUAAGGGAUAUGUAAUUGUUCGUUUUCAAACAGACAACCAUGGUUAUUGGCUGUGGGAGGCCAGAAGUACAGGUAUUUCUCCAGCUACCACAGGACCUGGUAUGCAAUUUCUAAUGCGUGUUGGUAGCCGUGAAAAUCUACCUGUCGUCCCAUUAAAUUUUCCCACUUGUGGAAGCAACAAAAAACCUGGUAUGAUAUUCGAAACGGAAAUUGAAAUCUAAAAAUUUCCAUGAUACUUGUAAAAUGUAAAAAGUUGUAUCAAUCACAAUUUACAAUUAGCCUAUCUGUGCAAUUUUGUUCUUUUAUUUUGACAUCCGAUUUACUUUUACAUUAAGUUUAAAACAGACUUGACUUCUACUUUAGAACAACAUCACGGUUUUAUGAAAGUACAUAACCCGUAAUUGAGUAUUCUCGAUUUUUUAAUUAAAUCCAAAGUUUUAUUAACAAUAUUAUUUAUGAAUUUUACUUAAAUAAGUUGACUUUAAGAGCAAAAAUUGAAGAAAGUAAAUUAAAUUGUCAAUUAGACAUAGUUGUGUAUGUUUACCCUGACAAAAUGGGUGGAGGGGUCUAGAAAAAACCCCCGAUUCAAUGUAAAUGAAGUUCUUAGUUAUGAUCUUUAAUUACCUAUAUUUUUAUGGAUAAUAACAAGGUAUAAAAAGCACUCUCAAAUUAUAUCUAUCAAUAGAAAAAUAAAUUAUAGAUUGGAACAAUACUAAAUGAUUAAAACUUCAUCAAAAAACAGUA